AUGAGUGUGUUGCCUGUUCAAACCAUUGAGGAGUUUGAUCCAUCUGUUCCGGUAGUCUUGCCCCACGAUAAGGUGUACUCCAUUCAAGUGGGGUACAAGUUGUUUCGCCUAAGUGGAUUAUCCCUCUCAUCUGACUCACCAUCAUACUUUACCAAAUUCUUUGGCGAUAAAGACAAUGAAGAAAAAGUGUUGUUUUUUGACCGGAGUCCGCAUAUUUUUGAAAAGAUCUAUAAUCACUUACAGGGAUACUCGAUAAACAUUACUAAUGACUAUGAAUAUAUGCACCUUUGGAGUGAUGCAUUUUACUUUGGGUUGCGCAAGUUGCAAAAAUUGAUGACGGAGCAGGACAUUUUUGCCAGCAUAGGUGACCAAAGCUUCAAGAUUCCAAAAGCAUUGUUGCAGAAUGAAGGAAACUGCCCCAAUUACUUUACCAUGAAUUCGGAGAGAUUAUUUUUUGACAAUGUUGCAGUGAUUGAAAGGAAUAAUAUGUUACGGCCGCCACCGCAAAGACCACCGAUUGUUGCUGGACGCUCGCCAAAGCUAUUUUCCGAUCUAUUGGAGUAUCUACGGGGUAACUCAAUGAUCAUAAAGAGUGAAGAGCAUCGACAAUUGUUGCAAAAAGAGGCAAGGUACUAUCGGUUUCUCGAGUUGGAACAACGCAUGGUCAAUCACAAGGUUGUCAAUGACGCUAUAAUUAUCAAUUUGAUGGAUCUAAGUAAAAAAGGAAUGACCAAUAUCUCACCGGCUAAUAGGCUAACAGAAUGCCCUAUGAAGUACUCGCGUCCCUACAUUGACGAACCAUUACGGGAUUUAGUUUUCCAAGUUGAUAAUCUUCAAAAUGUACGACAGGUUGAAUUAUUUCUCAAUAAACGGACGGGACUUCCUACUGUUAAAUUUGAAGGAAAGUUUUACACCAAAAUAACGCAAGUUUUUAAAGAUUUUUCCGAAGGCUUGAUCCAAGAGGACCAUUCAAUAACAUUUUUGGUCGGGUUGGUAAACCUGCAUACUAUAAUAAAUGGAAAGGAAAUGAUGCCCGGGUGGGUUGACGAUUUGUUGCAAGCUGUGGAUAAAGAGUCUACAAAGAAGCGCAAACUCAACGUUCAAGGAGAUGUAAUCAAGAUUUACCUCAAGCGGUCAAUGUGGAGGCUCAUGAUGAGAGGCAACUUGGCAAGAUUAGAAGCAGUCAGUCUCGACGGGCUGACUACUCCACUACAGCGUAUAGACUUUAUAUGA